AUGGACUGUGAACGGACAGAAGAGGCCCUGCAGUGUUGGACAUUUGGGCUGCGUCCUCUCGCCCUGCGCUGGGGCACCUGUGUCUCUCUGCGCUGCCCUGGACUCCUUGCAAACAAUGGCCGGAACCUGCAGAGAGCAGAGCGGGCACUCCUAAGCCUUGAGGAGCAGGGGUGGCCUGCUCCCUGGCUGCUGCAAGGAUGCUCAGCUGGGCAGAAGGGGAGACACUUUGGCCCGGGCUGUCGUCCUAGGUCAGAGGAGCCAGACCCAAGCCCCACUGGGCUGGGGCAGGACGAGAGACUGCAAGGAGGCUGCAGAAGGAGGCCCUGUCCUUGGCCUGCCCAGUUCCUGCACUUCCUUCCAAAGAGAGCACCCUCUGGGCCAAGGAGUGGCACCUGCGAGCUCUCAAUGGGUGGGUGUGUUGUGUUGUGUGCAUGGGGUGGAGUCUGGCUUCUUGUGAACUCUGUGGGGUUAGGGGGAGAACCUGUUGAAUGUUUAGGGUGUUUGCUUGGUGUGUGGAAGUGCGAGAGUGGGGCUCAGGUGCCAUGUUGCGAGCGGGGAGGGACACACGCCCACCGAACACAGAUACCAGGCCUGCCCUUCUGA